AUGGAAAUUGAGCCAAACCUAUCGUCUUUUGAAUUUCCAGGAGAGAAGAAGUGGCAGAGGGAAAAGUCAGAAAAGAAUAUGGAAAAUCAAGAGGAUGUGAGAGGGCUGCUCCAGCUCACCACCCUAAAGCCAGGGAAGAGCCCCUACAAGCGCAGUUGUGACGAGGGGGAAUCCCACCCCCAAACAAAGAAAAAAAAGAUCGACCUCAUCUUCAAAGACGUCCUGGAGGCUUCCUUGGAGUCUGCCAAAUUUGAAGAGAACCAGCUGCCGACAAGCACACCGCUUUCCAUCAGAAAAGCAUCUAGAUACCACGCUGAAGACAUCUUUGAGAGGUGUGGCAGCACCAUGCAGCACGGCUCCCUGAACCUCAGCAGAAACAAGGGUGAAGGGGCAUGGAAGGUCCCCCAUGGUUCCUCUUUCAGCUCAGUCAGAGAGGUGGGCAUCCUUGAAGAUGAGGAAGAAGAGCCCCUGUCACUGACAGCAGACAGCCCGACCGAGCUGUCACUGGCCUCUGUGCAAGGCAACUCCCACGAAAUCCCCACCACCUCUUUUUGCCCCAACUGCAUCCGGCUGAAGAAGAAAAUCCGGGAGCUGCAGGCCGAGCUGGACAUGCUGAGAUCUGGGAAGUUACCUGAGCCACCCGUGCUACCGCCCCAGGUACCCGAGCUCCAAGAGUUCUCAGACCCCACAG